CUGCAAAUGGGAGUUUGUGUGACAAGGAUCAUCACAGGCAGGAGGGUUUAUUUCGCGGGGGAGGGGGCCUGUUACCCUUUCAUCUGCCAACACCGCACGCACCUGGCUGGGGCGCCCCUCGUAUUGGCUGCGAGGGCCCAUCAAUCAGCGUCGGGCGCUGCUGACAUCAUGCUGCAGUACAGGGGCUGGGCCGGACCGGAGAAAGGAGGCGUCCGGGAGCUCCAGCUGGCGCCCCGUCCCGGGCAGUGCCUCGACAGCCGACCCCUGGGUUUGGGUGGGAGCAGAUCGUAGCGACAGCCGUCAAGGCACUCUCCUUCGGCGAACGAGACCAAGCCUAUCCCGGACAGCGAGCGGUAUUUUCAAGGCUUUUCUAAAAUGGGCUGGGGGAUGCCCCUCGCCUCCGCCCCUCUCCUCCUCCUCCUUGUCUCCUGCACCCUCGGCAACAAAGCCAACAAGCACAAGCCCUGGAUUGAAGCUGAGUAUCAAGGCAUUGUCAUGGAGAACGACAACACUGUCCUACUGAACCCUCCACUCUUCGCUCUGGACAAGGAUGCACCAUUGCGCUAUGCAGGCGAGAUCUGUGGAUUCCGGAUCCAUGGGGCAGGAGUGCCUUUCGAAGCAGUGAUCCUUGACAAAGCCACAGGCGAGGGUUUGAUCCGGGCAAAAGAGCCGGUGGAUUGUGAAGCUCAUAAAGAACAUACUUUCACCAUCCAGGCCUAUGACUGCGGUGAAGGUCCUGAUGGUGCUAACACCAAGAAGUCCCACAAGGCCACAGUGCACGUGCGGGUGAACGAUGUCAACGAGUUUGCUCCAGUCUUUGUGGAUAAGCUUUAUCGCGUGGCCGUGACGGAAGGGAAACUCUAUGAUCGCAUCCUGCGGGUAGAAGCUAUUGAUGGUGAUUGCUCCCCUCAGUACAGCCAGAUCUGCUAUUAUGAGAUCUUGACUCCUAAUGUCCCUUUCCUGAUUGACAAUGAUGGGAAUAUUGAGAACACAGAGAAACUGCAGUACAGUGGAGAGCGCCUGUAUAAGUUCACAGUGACAGCAUAUGACUGUGGCAAGAAACGAGCCUCUGAUGAUGCUGAGGUUGAAAUCCAGGUGAAGCCCACCUGUAAACCUAGUUGGCAAGGUUGGAAUAAGAGAAUUGAGUACAUCCCUGGAACAGGCAGCCUUGCCCUUUUCCCCAGCAUCCAUCUGGAGACGUGUGAUGAACCUCUGUGGAACAUCCAAGCUACUGUAGAGUUACAGACAAAUCAUGUGGCCAAAGGUUGCGAUCGGGACAAUUAUUCUGAGAAGUCACUGCGUAAACUCUGUGGUGCUGCCCGAGGUGAAGUAGACCUUCUGCCAGUGCCAGGCCCCAUGGCCAACUGGACAGCACGCCUUUCAGUCCAUUACAGCCAGGACAGCAGCCUCAUCUAUUGGUUCAACGGCAGCCAGGCAACCCAAGUGCCCAUGGGCAGUGGAACCGGAGCUCUUGAAGGACUGAGUGACCAUUUUACCUUGUCCCUGUGGGUGAAACAUGGGGUGAUGCCAAACAAGGGCAAGAAGGAGGAGGAGACAGUCAUCUGCAGCACCAUGAGGAGUGAAGAUGGGUACUCCCAUUACUCCUUGACUGUCCAUGGCUGUCGCAUCGCUUUCCUGUAUUGGCCGUUGCUGGAGAGUGCAAGACCCGUCAAGUUCCUCUGGAAAUUGGAGCAGGUCUGUGAUGACGAGUGGCACCAUUAUGCUCUGAACCUGGAGUUCCCCACCGUUACACUUUAUGUAGAUGGUGUCUCCUAUGACCCUGCUCUGAUCCAUGACAAUGGUCUCAUCCAUCCACCGCGACGUGAAUCUUCCCUCAUGAUUGGAGCGUGUUGGGCUGAGGAGAGAAACAAGGAAAAAAUAAAAGGAAAUGAGAACUCCACUGAUUUGGGACAAGGAGACUCUCUGCCGAUUCAUCACUUCUUCCAUGGUUAUCUGGCUGGCUUCACUAUUCGCCCUGGCAGCCUUGAGAGCCGGGAGGUGAUAGAGUGUCUCUAUGCCUGUCGUGAAGGGCUGGACUACAGCGACUUUGACAGCCUUGGCAAAGGGAUGAAGGUGCAUGUCAACCCCUCUCAGUCCCUUCUUAUUUUGGAGGGGGAUGAUGUGGAAACUUUCAACCGGGCAAUUCAGCAUGUGGCCUAUAUGAAUUCCCUGCGCUUUGCUACUCCUGGAGUCCGGCCUCUCAAACUGACCACCGCUGUCAAGUGCUUUAGUGAAGAAUCGUGUGUCUCUAUCCCAGAUGUGGAAGGCUACGUGGUUGUGCUUCAGCCAGAUGCUCCACAGAUCUCACUGCGUGGCAGUUCCCACUUUGCCCGGCCUGCUUCUGACUUUGAAGAUGCGGAGGGAGUCCUCCUUUUUCCCGACCUCCAGAUUUCUUGCUCCAUUUCGCACCAGGUGGAGGCCAAGAAAGAUGAAAGCUGGCAUGGCACAGUGGCAGAUACACGAAUGUCAGAUGAGAUUGUUCACAACCUCGAUGGUUGUGAGAUCUCCCUGAUUGGAGAAGAACUGGAUCCUGAACGAGAAUAUCUGCUCUUGGACGGAGCCUCCCUCCAACAGCGAGGUCUGGAGCUCAUGAAUACUUCAGCCUAUCUCACUGUCACAGGGGUGGAGAGCAUAGCUGUAUAUGAAGAAAUCCUUCACCAGAUCUCCUAUUGCAUCCGCCAUGGUGCAGCCCUUUAUGAAAGAAAGUUUCGUCUUUCUUGCACUGAGAUGAAUGGGCGUUACUCCAGCAAUGAGUUCACUGUUGAGGUGAACGUCCUCCAUAAUAUGAAUCGAGGCGCUCAUCCCAACCACAUUAUGAGUGGCCAGCAGUUCACACAUCGAGGCCACCAUCUGCCUCCAGAGCUUUCUGGGCACAGUCUGGCUAAUGUCCACCGUAAUUCCAUGGUUCCUAGUGCUGCCACUAUAAUCAUUGUGGUGUGCGUGGGCUUCCUGGCACUGAUGGUAAUCCUAGGUGUGCUGCGCAUCCAUUCCUUGCACAGGCGAGGGAGCGAACGGGAGGGCCCUGGGGAGUCUGCAGGAAGCCAGGGGAGUGCCAGGACCAAGGAGAACGAGAUGUUCUGGGAUGACUCUGCUCUCACCAUUAUUGUCAACCCCAUGGAGUCAUACCAGAGCUGCCAGGAGAGAGUAGCAGAGGCCAAUGACUCCAAAGCCAGGGAAGCAGCUGAGGAGGAAGACAGCAGCGAUUCUGAAUCACCAGACAGCCUAGCCAGCAAUGCCAUCGAUGAGCGGCGCAUUGUGGGCAAGCAUGAUGCCUCUCGUCGCUACUAGAGGGAUAUAAUGGAUGGGGUAAAAGCGGACCACCACCACCAAAAGGUCGUGCUUAUAUUUAAUAAUUGGGCAUAUGGCCUGUUUCUACACAUUUUCUCUAUUUACAUUUUACCCCCUCCCCUUCCUCCUGUUUUCUCCAUUGUUUGCACAGUGGACUGGCGAGGACAGUUUUGGUGCAUGAGGUAAAAGACGUAGCUGGCAUCUUCUCCCUCUAAAUUACCAUUGGGUUCAAUCUUCAAGGAAGUUCCUUAGCUCAUUGAAACAAUUGGGAGCUCCACCCAGAGCAUUACUGUAUACUUUAUCCUAUGUUAGCCACUGAUUUUGCUCUGGUUCUGCUCUGCCUCUUGAGGUUAGUGCUUCCCUGGGCCCAAAGUGUAUCCAUUUUGAUCUUCAUUAAAAACAAUCAAACAGCAGGGCUCAGAAGAAGAGCCCUUCUCUCUUCUAAAAUUCCUAGUUCUUCUCAACUUACAAGCUUUUUGCUUGGACUGGUGGGGCAGGGCCCCUUGACUCAAUUCCCAGUUUAGGAUUGCCACCACACUUGAGAAGGCCAAAAUGAAUUGGCAUGCUAUGUAAGCAAAGCAGAGAGAAAUGAGAAAGGAGCAGGGAGGGACAACACAAGGGGUACAUCAGAAUUCCCAAAAUACUAUAUAUAUAUAAUAUUGUAUAUUUUUUCAAUGUUGUUGUUUGAGAUUCUUGUUUGAUGCAAAGAAACAAAAAAAAACCAACCCCUGCAGCUUGUGUCGCUUUGUAAAAUUGUCAAUAAUAUUCAAGCAAGUGAAGGAAAUAUGAUAUGGAAAAGGGAAUGGAACACAUUUUAAAAUAAAAAAGGAUUUUAAAAAUGUAUACUCUGGGUUGUGGAGCCUCUUUUUCCUGAAACAAGCUUUGUUUCUUGCAAAUGCUUUUUCCUGGUGUAGUGAAAAUAGGGCAAAGGGAUACAAGUCAGCAGAGUUUUGUUCACCGUUGACCACUUCAGAAGUCUCCUUUGCCUAAAGUCUGAAUUGCAGGAUUUCUUUCGCAAGCAGAACAAUAGAAUGUGCAGAGCUCAAGACUUUUAGGUGUAGAAAGUUAGCACCCACCCUUCUCCUAGAAUGAAAUAUUCUAGGAAAUAUUAAAAAGGCAGAAUAUUAUACCACCCUGGAUGAGAAAAGGAGAAACACUGCUCUUGGAAAGCAGCCCCCACCUUUGUCAAUAGCCCCAGAAAGACUGGUGCCAACCUAUCUACAAGACAAAAGACUGGGCCAUCUUAUUUACAAGACAAAAGACCUCCCUCAGGACAUAAUAGGAUUAGCACUCUACCCAUCUCACCACAUGGCACCUGGGAAGAUUGCAUCACCCAGCAAGGUGAUGCCUGGAACUCAAGACAGCCGACAAAGUUACCCCUGCAAGGCCCCACGGGAGCCUGACAACCAAUCAGAAUACAUGCCCUUGCCAAAGGAACAGGAAGCAAGUUCAAAGCCCAAGAAAGUAUAAAUCUCUCUCUCUCUCUCUCACCCAUGUGCUCAAUUGCCCAGGACCUCAAACCACGUGGUCCUGUCCCCCAUUAAACCAUCUUUCCAAACAGCCUCCAGUGUCUUUCUCCCCACUUGGAACUGAACCCAGAUGGACAUUUCUUCCAACAAUUUGGCACCAAAAGAUGGGACUCCAAGCUAACCUUACCAAUGGACCUGGCCCAGGUAAGCCUCCCUUGCCAGUAGCAGACCCAUUGAGUCUGUGGGUGAGUUUUCCUGGACCUUGGCCAUUUGGAACAAAGGUUUUGAAGGGGUUUUGAGUGUUGAGCUCAAAGGCUGCUCGGAAAGAAGGUGAGUACCUCUAAAUUUCAACUUUUAAAGCCCAGAAAAGUGAGGGAAAUGUGUGUAUGUUUGUGUCUGUGUGUGAGAGUGAGAGGACCCUUCUCCCAAUCACAGCUGGAUCUUGCUCCCUCUGUGCCUUUCCCAGGCAUAGAAAGGCUCUGGUCUACCAACAGGAGGUCUGGCCAGAGCACAGGACCUUCUGUUAGGGAAAGGGAGAGAAUAUGUGAAAAUGGAAUGGAAAAGUGAAUGAGACAGUUAAACUUGUGCAACUAGCUGGGAAGUCACUGAGUAAAGCCCUAAAAAGGGGGGUCCUUGCCUCUGGGAAGCAAGCAGAGGUCCCCCCACCCCCGGACUUUAAGAGAGUCUAAAAACUGUGGCUGUAAAGCCAGUGGAAGGAGGUCCCUUUAUUCAGUUUUU